AACAAGAUUAUAACCAAUUUUCUUGUUCCCUCUUCUCUCGUCAGGUCAGUCAUGGGUAGAAGUAGGAAGAUUCCGAUGGAGAGACGAGGAACGCAAGAGCAAAGAGCUGUUAGCUUCACAAAGAGGCGCAAUGGUCUCUUCAACAAAGCCGCAGAGCUUUGCAUGCUCUGUGGCGCACAGAUUGCCCUCUUGGUGUCCUCGCCUAUAUCUAAGAAGGAAUCUUUCUACUCUUUUGGUCACUCCUCCGUCGACGCCGUCAUCUACGCAUUCCUCAACGGUACGACUCCUAAUCCAGUCCAAGACGACGUUAAGAACUCUGCGGUCUCGGUCUAUCAGGCAACGAAAGCACUGGAGUCACAGCCAGAAAUUUGGGACACCGAUAACAGGAAAAGGAAGAGGGAUGUCAAACAAUUCUGGCCGGAUCUUGAAGAUCUUGCCGAUGAUUGCCGGUCAAUUGAGGAUAUACGUUUCGCUAUUGAUCGGCUACAAGAAUUGAAAGAUAAGGUACAGGUCAGGUUGGAUAAGAACAGGAAUAAUCAAGAGGAGAUUUCAAAGCAUCAUGUUCGAUCAGAAUAUGCUCAGGACGAUGACGGUGUCGAUAAUCCAACUUUGGACCUCCUUCAAUUUUUUAGUAGCCGUCCUACAAUUGAUUUUAAUUCUGAGCUUGAGGAGCGGGAAGGAAGAAAUGAUGAUAGGAUAACUGCUGGGAUAAACAUUUUUUCUGAAUCUGAUGAGACUGAGGAUGAGACUGCGGGUGAGGGUGAGGGUGAGGGUGAGGGUGAGGGUGAGGACGAACGUGAACAAUCCGUCUCACACUCUUCCGCCACAUCUUUUCACAAGAGAAAACAGAAUCCAACCGAGGAAAGCGAGAGAUACACACUUUUUAGAGAUGAAGUUGCUGCAGGAGGAGAGAAUAGUUUACUUGUCCAGAGAAUUACAGAAGUUUUUGGAGAAUUACAGAAGGUUAAAGGGCUUACCCAGAGUGAGAUCAACCAAGCAUCUAUUAGAUUGACCAGCAAUCCAUCAUAUCUGCUGUUGUUUUUCAGCAUUCCAUCAGAAUAUAGACUUGGAUGGGUUAGGAGCUUCUUGAGUGAAAAUAUUAUGUGCGUUGAUUAGAUUUCAUAUAGAGUUUUAGGAUUGGAGAAUUAUGCGUCUUAUAGAGACAUCUUGUCAUAUAGAUUUGUUAGAAAUUCAGAAUCUGAUUGUGCAUACUUUUCUUGUUAAAUGUAAAAUCAGCUGGAUAAGCAGAGAUCCUAAUAGGACUGCUCAGUGGUUUCUCGUUUACCAAACAAGAUUCUUAAUUGAAAAUAAGAAUUUAGGCGCA